AUGACAGAGGCAGUCCUCCCAAAAGAUUUUCUCUGGGGCUUCGCAACCGCAAGCUACCAAAUCGAGGGUGCUCCUGAAGAAGAUGGCCGUGGCCCUAGCAUUUGGGACACCUUCUGCCGCAAGCCCGGGAAGAUCGCCGACGGCAGCAGCGGCGACGUUGCGUGCGACUCGUACCACCGGACCGCUGAAGACAUUGCUCUCCUGAAGCAAUGCCGUGCCAAAGCCUACCGCUUCUCCCUCUCUUGGUCCCGUAUCAUCCCCCUCGGCGGCCGUAAUGAUCCAAUCAACGAAAAGGGCCUUCAGUACUACGUGAAGCUUGCCGACGACCUGAUUGCCGCGGGCAUCGAGCCGCUGGUGACACUCUAUCACUGGGACCUUCCGGACGAGCUGGACAAGCGGUACGGCGGACUUCUGAACAAGGAGGAAUUCGUGGCCGACUAUACCAACUAUGCGAGGGUUGUCUUCAAAGCCUUCGGGAGCAAAGUCAAGUACUGGAUCACCUUCAACGAGCCUUGGUGCAGCUCCAUCCUCGGGUACAGCACCGGGCUGUUCGCCCCGGGCAGGACGAGCGAUCGAAACAAAAAUCCAGAAGGGGACAGCUCGCGCGAGCCAUGGAUCGUCGGUCACAAUCUGUUGCUCGCUCACGCUUCAGCAGUGAAGGUGUACAGAGAGGAAUUCAAAGCGAAGGACGGCGGCCAAAUUGGCAUCACCCUGAACGGCGAUUACAUGUACCCAUGGGACCCUGAAGACCCGCGUGAUGUCGAGGCCGCCAAUCGCAAGCAUGAGUUUUCCAUCUCCUGGUUUGCGGAUCCUGUGUACUUCGGCAAGUACCCUGACAGCAUGCGGAAGCAGCUUGGCGACCGUCUGCCGGAGUUCACACCCGACGAGGCGGCGCUGGUCAAGGGAAGCAACGACUUCUACGGCAUGAACCAUUAUACCGCAAACUACGUCAAGCAUGUCGACACGGAGCCGGAGCUGAACGACUUUCUCGGAAACCUUGAGUGUACUUUCUAUAGCAAGAAGGGCGAAUGCAUCGGGCCCGAGACGCAGAGCCCGUGGCUCAGGCCGAACGGGUUGGGGUUCAGGAAGCUGCUGAAGUGGAUUAGCGAUCGCUACGGCCGGCCGGCCAUCUACGUGACGGAGAACGGGACGAGCCUGAAGGGAGAGAGCGAGCUGCCGCUGGAGAAACUGCUGGAAGAUGAUUUCCGGGUCCAGUACUUCGACGAUUACAUCCAUGCGCUCGCAGACGCGUACAGCAAGGACGACGUCGAUGUUCGAGGCUACAUGGCAUGGUCAUUGAUGGAUAACUUCGAGUGGGCAGAGGGAUACGAGACGCGCUUUGGCGUGUGCUACGUCGACUACGCAGGGGGGCAGAAGAGGUACCCCAAGAAGAGCGCAAGGGCCAUUGGUGAGAUCUUCGAUACAUUGAUGAAGAAGGACUAG